CCUCACCAUCCCUCCACGCUUCCAUCACAUCCCGUUCUGACCACAAAAUAAGAAAGCACCAGACUGCAUCAAUUGGACUCCUUUCUGCAUGACAUUGCGAUGCUAGCUGCAGUCGCCUCGGCCAUAUCGUCUUAGUUGAUUUCCUUAAUACAUCCCACUGCAUGCCUUCGCCGACAAUACUCCCGUUCAAUGGUCGAUCUCGAGUAGCUUAAGACGCAGUCUUGGUCUCAAAUGGACUUUCAGAUAACUUGCGACUUCAUAAGAUGACGCUGGCCACGCGGUCAUGUCGGUGCAAGGCAGGACUACUACGUAAGGAAGGGAACAAUGGCCACGAUCACUCGUCCAGAUUGACGAAGGUAUAGACGGUAGGAAGAAUCCAGUUCUUCAAUCUCGGCAUCUUCAUGCAUACCUCUCGUUCUCUGGUCAACUCAUUCCCUUCACCUCGUUUGGUGCACAAACAAAAACAUGCUGUCUCCACCUUUUUCCAUCUUGGCACAUUCCUUAGCAAAAGAGCCUCCAAAUCGAUCCACCAUGUGAGGUUCGGCGAAUACGCGCCUUCUCUACCUACUCACGAGCCCUCUGUCCCUUCUCUUGUUUCUGACGGUGUUCGAGAGCCCUUUCGUUCCGUUUGCACACCGGUGCCGCCUUCCUCCCAAGCCGUCCGUGCACUGCUUCUCCCUUCCCCUCCGAGCUUGCACACAAUCGCCUCCACAAGCUUCUCUACCGCGUGCAUUAAGAACUUGUUAGCUUUUUGGUCGUUGAGUAGUUUUCAAUUGCACUUGCACAGCUAGCCGCCCUUCCUUUAUCGGCGCCGUCAAUCAAACUACAGUCCGUCGGCCGUCCGGCGCCCUCAGUGUCAGCAGCAGAUACCAAACAACACAACACAGCGGCCCUGCCAUGACCUAGAAACAUUCUGGCAGCACGACGCGGCGACAGCUACUACUGCCGGUAGCGUUACCUGUCCUCUGGUGCUCGGUCUCACCGCGCAUCUUUCUAAUUGUACAUUUAUGGUCCAUCAUCCCAGCCAACUACUCUAAUAGCUGUCGAAGCAGCCCCGCCUUGACCGCUGCAUACAGAAAAUCAACAUGGAUCCCAACUACAACGGCCG